UUUAUGUAAAUUUUAGGCAAUAACGCAAAUUUGUGCUAAUGUACUGUGCAAAAUUUCAUAAAAUAUUAUCAACAGUAUAAAAAAGAAAUAUGGCCUCAAUAGUUGAAGACACAUUUAAAGAUUUAAAAUUAUGUAUACAGACAAAACAGGGCACAAAAGCAAAAUUAUGCAUUUCAAAUAUAUUAAGAUUUUUUAAAGGAGAAGUUACUUCAUCUGAAAUAGAUUUUGCCUUGUCCAUUAUAUUUAAUGAAGACGAUGGCAUUAUACCAUUUAUCAAACAACAUAUCUCUGAAGUUUAUUUGCAAGAAAGUAUAAAGUUCUCAUUAGAUCUACUUCUUUUGCUGGUAGAGGAGCUUCCCAUUAAAAUUAGAGAACAUAUUAAAGAAAUAUCAAAGAUUUCAAUAAAAACUUUAUAUACCGAUAAGAUGGCAAAAGAAAAAUCUAUUGCUCUUCAAAUAUUGGUUGCUAUUGUGAAUAAUAAGGAAAUAGUGGAUUUAUUGGAUAUUAAUUAUGUUAUUGCACAAGUAGUCCAUCAUUUGGAAUAUGGAAAGUUAUCUAGUUUAGUGUAUGAACAAUUAUUUCCUUUACUUGGUAUAUUGGCCAGAGAUUUUCCAUAUGAAAUGCAAGAUCAUGUUUCUAGAGUUCAGGUGCUACUUUAUUCACAAUUUGAAACGCAAACAAAAAAUCUUGUAAAUACCAAAUUACGUAUAAUUCAUGGCAUAUUAACAGCUUUUGAAAAUAUGUUUUGCACAUUUGCACCAGACCCUGAAAUAGAUACAGAAGAAUGUUUGAGAUUAUAUAAUAUGCUAAAAACUAUGUCAUAUCCCGGUGAUGUAAAAUUUCGACCGGCUUUUAGAGCUGCUUUGAGCCUUUUAACAAAGCAUGGUAACUUGGUAUCAGAGCACCUAUACAAAGAUUGUCUGUGGUGGCAUAACACAUUACAAAGCUGGUUAAAACUCUCUUGGGAGGAUAUUUCAAUUGCUGUUCCUGCUAUAGAAGUUUUUCACAUUCAAAUUGCCAAAGUUUUAUUGAUAAAGAAGGAACUGAAAGUUUUACUGUUUUUCAUAAAUUUCUUCAAGACACAAUUGCAAACAGAAAAAAUUAAAACAUAUGAAUUGAGAAUAGUUAUAAGAGGAUUUGGAACAUUUUCCUCGUGCUGUUCAGCACUAUUAUCUCAAGAUGAUAUAAUUCCUUUAUACAAGAUCAUUAUUCAGCAAACAGAAGUUAUGUAUACAUCUGAAACUCAGCACAAAUCAAUACAAAACUUACCAGAAUACUUAGAAUCCUUAUCAAUUAUUAUUUCUCAUAUGCCAUCAAUAAAUAAUGUUCAUUUAAAGGCUUUACAAAAUUUGAUUGUGAUAUUAUUUCAAGAAUUUCAUCAAUUAUCAGGAUCUCAUCAUAAUCUAUGUAUCGAAUCCUUGAUGAAGACUUUCUUUAACAUAACACAGAUUAAUGGAUGUUUUUAUGAAGAAGUUUUGGAAGUAACUAUAUAUCAUGGUGUUAUUGGCACGUGUUCUCAUCCUAUAGCUAUUGAAUCAUUUGAGGAAAAUGAAGAUUUUUACAAAAACAAUAUAUCCUACAAAAACUUUUUACCAUUAUGGAUAGGAUUGCUAUCACAGAAAGAUGGUGUUCAAAAAGAAUUGAGUCUUAGAAUAUAUGAUAAUAUCAUGAAAGCAUUUUUUGCUAUCAUAAAUAAAUUAGAUUUGUCCACAAAACGUAAAGUGAAAAAUAAAAGUAAUGAUGAUGAUAUUUUAUACUGUGAUAUUAAAUCAAGCCUUGAACCAAAUAAACUAAAAGAUUAUCAUAUAUUUAUUAACAUGUGGAUUCCAACUUAUUUAAAAGAAGUAAUUAAUUGUUCUUACAAGUUUCCUAUUGCGAGUGGAUUUUAUAAACUAUCUUCAUAUGGUUUAGAUUUUUGUGAUAUUUGUGAAUACUUUGAUCAUUAUGAGGAAAGUGAAGAAAAGUCUUCUUGUUACGUUUUGGUCUUGAAUUUCUUACAGGUAAUGUGA